AUGAGCUACGAAUUUGCAGCACUGGACUUUCAGAUGGCUCUGGUGAGCAACCGCACAGAGGACUUUGGUGUAAGGGAGGAGAGGUACCGAAUGAACAUGGGCAAGAAGAUACGCACCAUGGUGAGGGAGAUGAACAACAGCUCUUCGAAGUGGUCCAUAUGCGACCAGAUGAAAUGCCGUAACUUCCUAUCAAGGAUAAAGAGGAAGAUAGACGAGAGGCACGGCGCCUAG